GUCAAACCCAUUUCACUUUUCGAACAUGGCGGACAUUGUGAGCUUCAUCAGACUUUGUACAUUGCUUCAGCUUGUUGUGUGUCAAUUUUGUUGGUGUGAUAGUUCUGUUAAAAUCCUCGAUGAUAGUUCUUUUGAGCACUUGACUCAAGCCUCAACGGGAGCAACAACUGGAGAUUGGUUGAUAGUUUUCUCUUUCACUGAACGGGAUCCAGAGUGUGUACAAUGCAAGAAAGCAGAUGAGGCAGUUGAGAAAAGUCAAGAACGGUUGGGCCACAAGUUGAAUUUUGCCAGAGUGUUACCACCUAGAAGUAAAUUGACACUUAGAAGAUUCGAUGUUCACAAAUGGCCAACUGUUCUUCUCCUUAAACAGGGCAAACAAUAUCAUUACUCAUCAGAGAAUCUUGAUGCAGAGUCUUUUGUAAAUUUUGUCGAAGAAGGUUACAAGCUGGCAGCAGUUACACCAGUACCACCUCCUAUAGGAAAAUUCACAUUAUAAUGCUGAGAAAAAAUGCAGCUGCCAUGAUUUUUAUUGCGGGAAUACUGUUUGGUCUAAUGAUCACACCAGUACUUAAAUUGUUGGUGGUAUGUCUCUACAACUCGUUCCUACAAGAACCAGACUCAGACCAAAACUUUGAAGAUGAGGGUUUGGGAAAAGAUGAAGUUGAUGAAGAUGAAGAAGAGGAAGAAAAGAAAGACAGAUGAAAUGGCCAACUGUUGUGAACUUGAUACAUAUAAUGCUCUAUCAGAUCUCUCAGACCAUCUUAGAACUUGGGUUCUAUAAGAUGUUUAUAGACCAUAUUAUUCUAACCAGUUCCAAAGGAGAUUAUUCUUGCUUACAUUGAGGCCUCUAAUGAACCUUAGAUUGACUUAUUACUUCUGUGUUGAAUCGUCUCUAGAGACUUAUUUAUUACUAGUUGUUUAGUAUACACACAAAGAAGAUCUUUUCAUAGCUUUUCUGAUAAAUUCCAAUCAGCACUAGAAGAACGUUAUAUUUAAGAAACUAUCAAACAAUUAUUUUACAAACAUAUUUCAUGUUUCCGUGCGUCUAUUUAGUAAAAGAUCACAGGUAACGUCAAAAUAUGAUCAGAACAAACACGUGGCACAUGAGGCGUAGCCCAGUGUGUCACUGAUAGUCUUACCACAAUUUGAGGUCUUUUGUGAACUAUUACGGAACAGACCAACGGUAAUAAGGAAACUAUUUGUUUUAUGUUUAUUAGAAAGAAGCAAAAUUUGUAGAUGUUAAUGGCAUCUAUACGACUAUCCUCGAAUAGAUCAUGAGUAGGAGCCAAUCACAAGUUGUGUUUACACUGUUAUUUGGCCUAUUAUCUAACAACAUAAACAAUUAUCUAACAUAGAGUAUGUUUAUGGCGUAAUAUGCAGAUAAAUUCCUAUUAAAACAUGACAAACACCUCAG